AUGAGUAGGUCCAUCUUCAAACCAACUGAGGCCAAUGCUGUUUGGAGCAAUAAAAUGUUUCAGAAAGUAUGGUCUUCGUCCAAUCAGUCCUCUGUAUCGUUCCAGAUUCUCUCUGACCUCCACCUGGAGGUUAACCACCAAUAUCUAUCUUAUGAAAUUCCCGCUUGCGCAGAGCAUCUUAUCCUCGCGGGCGAUAUCGGACGCUUAGCGGACUAUGAAGAUUACCGCAACUUCCUCCAAAAACUGACUGGUCGAUUCAAAUUGGUGUUUCUCGUACUCGGCAAUCAUGAGUUAUACAACGAGGUGUUUGCUACGGGGAUAAAGCAAGCAAGGAAACUUGAACAGGAGCCUGCACUCAAUGGACGGCUGAUCAUCCUCCAUCAGAAACGAUAUGACGUUCCUGGUUCCGACAUUAGUAUACUCGGGUGCACGCUUUGGUCAAAAGUACCCAAGGAAUCAUCCGAUAUUGUUCAGUCGAAAGUCAAAGAUUUCCAAGAGAUUGCAGAGUGGUCGGUUGAUGAUCAUAAUGCAUGCCAUGAUUCUGAUUAUGCCUGGCUGAUGAAGGAGAUACAUCCAAUACAACAGGAGAAUGAAACAGCGGGGAAGCGCAGUAGGCAACGGUCUAUCCUUGUUGUGACGCACCAUGCGCCUUCACUUCAGGGGACCUCUAGUCCUAAGCAUGCUCAGAGUCCUUGGAGUGUUGCCUUUGGAACUGAUAUUCUAUCAGGAAUUCCUGAUGGAGUGAAAGUCUGGGUGUUUGGACAUACCCAUUACACUAAUGAUUUCAUGGAGAAGGGGGUAAGAGUCGUGAGCAAUCAACGAGGUUAUAUGCCUUGGAGUGAUUCGAAAGAAGACAGCGGGUUUGAUGUGCGGAAGGUCAUACAACUAUGA